ACAUUUAUCUCUCCUGCUGAGGUCUAGAGUUGCAUUGCUGUGAUUAUUGGUGGUAGCAGUGUGCAUGUGUCUGGGGAUCUGUGUUUAGCUUCUUCAUUUCUUAAACAGCACAGGGGCAGCAGCAAGGCAAGUUGGCAGCCUUGUUUUCUAGCUGCAUUGUGUCUGCUGCUGGAAAAAGGGAGUGUGAGUGGGGAGCAGCAUGGCAGAGCAAGAAGCCAGUGGCUUGCAAGUCCUUCUCUCCACCCUCCAGACCUCUCGUGACAAAGAUGUCAUCCUGAAUAUUCUCAGUGUCCUCACUGACUUGCUCUCUCUGGGGACCGGCCGGAGAAUUCACUACGUGAUCAGCAAGGGGGGCAGUGAGGCACUGCUGCAGGCUUUCGCCGCCGCUGCCCGGACCGAGCCGCCCGACCACAGCACCCUCCUGCCCCUGCUUCGCCUCCUGGCCAGGGUCGGCCAACGAGAUAGGAAGUUUGGGCUGAAAGUGCAGAAGGCAGAAGCAACUGAUAUAAUACUGAGCUUGGCAAGAAGAAACCUGGGCCACCACCUGCACCUCACCCACUGCCUCUGGGUCCUGCGGGUUUGUGCUUCUAAUGUUACCACAGGAACUACACUUGGCAUCAAUGGAGCCAUGGAGCUGCUUUUCAAAGUCAUCACCCCCUACAGCAAGAGAAACGUCAGGACAGUCAGGGCAGCCAUUGAGGCUCUGGCAGCUUUGCUGAAAUCAAAGUCUAACAGCCGACAGGCAGUGAACAGAGGCUACCUGGGUGGAUUGCUGAGACUCUAUCAAGACUGGCAUCACAAUGAUGUCUCCAACAACUACAUUUAUAUUCGCAGGGGUCUCCUGCUCUGCCUAAAGCACAUCACCAACAUCCAGCUGGGCAGGGAGACUUUCCUUGGUUCCCGGGGCAUGGAGAUUCUCUUCACAAGUGUACAGGACUGUUUAUCUUGCAAAAAUCUGGAUCCUAUCAUAACCACUGUAACUCAGAUUCUGCGAAAGUGCUACCCCAAGGAGCCUCUGCCUGUGGCAACAGUAAGAAGUUCCUAUUCCUUCCCUCUUCCUGGGAAUGCCAAGGCUGAACCUCCGUGUGAGGGAUCUGAAGGUGACUAUGAAAGUGAUGGAGAGGAAGAGGCUGAAAAAGACCUGGAUAAUGAGGAUGUGGAGAGUAAGGAGGAAGAUUAUGACUUGGAGACAGAUGUGAACAAAUUGAGGCCAAGGCCAGUGUUUGACCGGCCAGAGGAAGAACUUGGACAAUAUGAAGCAAUGUGUCCAGAACUUUCCCAUAAUUUUCAGGAGCUUGAAUCAGACUCUGAGGAAGAGAAGAGCUUGGAGGACGGGACUGAGAGUCUUCCCUUUAUGCCCUCUCAUUUCAUUCCAAGUGCUAAUUCUGUGAAACAUCCAAACUACAGAUGGAGAAACCAAAGUGUCACAGAGAUGGGACCAGAUCCAGGGGAAAAGGAUUUCAAAGUCCCUCUGCAGAGCUGGACAAAAAGGGACAGAUGCAGAUGGGAUCAGACUGAUGAAAAGAGAGACAUUGCAGAAGCAGCCCAAGAUGCAGACUACUAUGAAGAGGAAGAUCCAGCCAGGACUCAUGUGCUUGCUUUGCGUCCUCUCCCAAAAGACGCUGCUUGGUACAAAAAAAUGGUUUACCCUGAAUGUGAAGCCUUGAUCAAUCCUAGUCCUGGAGGGAGGCUGGAGAGCUCAGGCAUAGAGACACAGCUUCUGGAGAAACACCAAGGGGAUAUUCCAUUCCACAGCCCUCGCUUCUACAUAGCUAGGGCCAAACGUGUUAAGUCCAUACCAGACUACAGAGACUUGUCAUUCCCCGAUUUCUGGGGUCACCAGCCACCUCCUUACAGCAAGCCCAUGUUGGAGCGCAAGUAUGGGGUUCAAAGGGACAAAGUACUAGAUGAUGUUCGCCGCUUAAUCCAGCCGGGUGAUGUGAUAGGCAGAAUUGUUUUUGAUUUAGAUGAGCCCAGUCGCUCAAGCCCAGGUGCUCCAGGCUGUCUGACAUUCUUCUCCAAGUUUGAAUCGGGAAACCUUCGCAAAGCCAUCCAAGUGCGUGAGUUUGAGUAUGACUUAAUUAUGAAUGCAGAUGUGAAUAGCAACCAGCAUCACCAGUGGUUCUACUUUGAAGUCCGUGACAUGAAAUUAGCAGUUCCCUAUCGCUUCAACAUUAUCAACUGUGAGAAGUUUAAUAGCCAAUUUAAUUAUGGCAUGCAGCUGGUCAUGUAUUCAGUGAAGGAAGCUCUCCAGGGCAGGCCUUGCUGGCUUCGGGCAGGCCAUGAUAUCUGCUACUACAAAAACCACUACCGCUGCAGUGCAGCUGCAGGAGAAGGUGAGAGAGGAAAAUUCUACUACACACUCACCUUCAGCAUCAAGUUCCCUCAUAAAGAUGAUGUCUGCUACCUGGCCUACCAUUACCCCUAUACCUACUCUACAAUGAUGUCCCAUCUUGAUAUCUUGGAACAAAAUAGGAACCCCAAGAAGGUGUACUGGAGGCAGCAGACACUCUGCCAGACGCUAGGAGGAAAUCUAUGCCCAUUGCUCACAAUCACCGCCAUGCCAGAAUCUAAAAAAAGAGACGACUUGGAGCAAUUCUACAAUCGUCCUUAUGUGUUUCUAGUGGCCCGUGUCCACCCUGGUGAAAGCAAUGCCAGUUGGGUAAUGAAGGGGACCCUGGAGUUCCUCGUGAGCAGUGAUCCCAUUGCUGAUCUCCUGCGGAAAUGUUUCAUUUUCAAGAUUGUCCCCAUGCUUAAUCCUGAUGGAGUCAUCAAUGGCAACCACCGUUGUUCGCUGAGUGGGGAUGAUCUGAACAGACAGUGGUUGACACCCAGUUCCCAGCUCCAUCCAACUAUUUACCACACCAAAGGUCUUCUCUAUUACCUGCGCAGCAUUGGCCGGGCUCCUCUGGUAUUCUGUGACUACCACGGACACUCCCAGAAAAAGAACGUGUUUCUUUAUGGCUGCAGCAUCAAGGAGACCUUGUGGCAAGCAGGCUGCAUGGUUGACACAUCAGUUAUCACAGAAGAUGUUGGCUACAGGACUCUUCCUAAAAUCCUGGAUAAAGUAGCCCCUGCGUUUGUCAUGAACAGCUGCAGCUUCCUAGUGGAGAAGUCCCGGGAGUCAACAGCCCGGGUGGUGGUAUGGAAGGAAAUGGGUGUGUUGAGGAGCUACACCAUGGAGAGUACAUACUGCGGCUGCAGCCACGGACUCUACAAAGGCCUGCAGCUGGGAACUCAAGAGCUGGAGGAGACGGGAAGCAAGUUUUGUCUUGGUUUGCUCAUUCUGCACCUCAAAUCCCUGCCCUGCAGUGAGAAGGUGAUGGCUCAGGCAACACUCCUACUAGAUUUGGAGGAGGAGAUAACAGACCGUGCACAAAGAAGCUGCAGCAACAGCAGCCUGGAGACUGAUGAUGAACCUCCUUGUGUGGAAGAAAUCGAUUAUAGUACUGACAGUUGCUCUGAUGGCGAAGAGGACUUCUCAGAGUUAGACCAAGAGAUCCAGGAGUGCCUCUCGUGUGUGGAAGGAGAGACAGAAGAUGAGGGAGCAACCAUGGGACAGACAUGCAGUUCCAAGGCUCUCAGGGGGCUCUACACUUCCAGCCAACCAGCAUCCAACAGUACGGCUCUUCCUCUGCGUUCAACAGCACUCGGGGUGUACAGUGGGUUCAAGAGCAGCCCUGUGUGAACAAGGCUUUGACUUGCAGAGCAGUAAACAAAUGGCUUACUGCUCACAUUUGCCUGUUUGCCAGCUUCAGCAUCCUUGCCAGAUGUGCUACUCCAGUUCUGAAUAGAAAAUUGACUGUAUGUUUGUGUAAUUUGUAUACAUAUAUAUAUUGAGAAUGACUCCUUACACUUUCUACACAAGGCAGAGCGAGGGACUGCUGGCCCAGAUGGUACUAUGCAAGAACGUCAUCCGUUCCUAAACAUAAUCCCCAGUUUCACAGCUGCCUUUAGUAUGUGGUUUCAUACAGAUUGACCUGAGGAAUGGUAUUCUGAGACCAAGGAACCAGAGAUGAUCCUCCUUUUCCUAGUUUAGGCUCUUACUAUGGGAAGCAGCCUUUGCCUGGAAGAGUGACAGUUACUGAUGCCUUUGGCCGGAGCUCUCUGCUGCCAUCCAUUUCUCUUGAGCUGUAGAGCAUGUAUCUGAUUUCUGUCUGACCAGAAUUUUUACAGUGUGUUCAACAGGUUGGGUCAGGCUGUGCAUUCUUCUGAGCUGGUCAUAUCUCAACAACAGUGUGGGAAAUCCAAUGUGCCAUAGUAAGGAAAGCACCAGUGACAAUACAGAGUGGUCCUCUGGAAACCUGGGCUAAAUUCACCUCUUUGCUGCACUGGAAUGAACUAGUCCAGCAUAAUCUCAAUUGAGUCACUUCAUGCUUGAACUGAUGGGCCCAAGUGUAGAAUUUGUUUCACAGAUGCUGUGAAAUUUUAUUUUCUCUGUGAGACAUCCUUCUAGCUAAGAGAGUACAGAUACAACAGUUCAUCCUGGGGAACUACAGCUACUGUUUAAAGCUAUUGGGGGUAGAGGGAUUUGGGGCAUUUUAAGGAGAAAAACAAGUUCUCUUGAGGUAGCCAGGGGUUGCCCAAUAUUCUGUCAAUAAUUAGUGAUGGUGGCAAUAUCCAACAGUGAAUUUAGCCCAAGCGUCAGUCUAGUGACUGAUUAUUCUCUGUUAGUUUUAUUAUGAUACCACUAAGGAAACCCAGUUCAUGGAACAGGACCCCAUUGAGCCAGACAGAAAUAUAGUAGAAGACAUUACUGGUAGGUUAUAUAUAGGACAUUUCUACCAGUGACUCCCAUAAGGGAGUCAGAACAGCUUGUCUGUUGAUCCCCAAAUGAAAAAAAUAAUUGGAUUUCUCCUAAUAUUGCCUGCAAACACAGAUCCUGGUUCCUGAGAAUCCAACACAGACUGAGAACCCACAUGUGUGCCCAACAUCCCUAAAGCAUGAAGGCCACAUCACUGCAUCUCACACCUCAUGUAGCCUGAACUUCUCAUGUGUCUUAGACCCUGCUGCUGCAAACGGAGAAUGGCCUUGAACCCCAAUGGAAUUAAUUGCACAAUGCAAGAGGCUCCCAACUGUGUCACUGCUUUAUGCGGCUCAAGGAGAAGGAUGAAUGUAUAGUGUGUUGUAGCAUUACAGCCUACAAGGCCUCCAUUACCAGUGAUUAUUAUUGUUAAUAUUGAUGCAUGACUAAAAACACCGUGUCAUCCUCUCAUCUUUACGCUGUUUGUGGAGAGAAUUCCUGGUGCAGAAUGAGGUUCUCUCUGAUGCAUUUCUGAACACCUUUCCCCAGACUACCUAGACGUAUUUUCCAGCAGGAGCUUGCUCUUUGGAGAAAUAACUUCUCUCUGUUCUGCUGGGUUUUCAGUAUCCAGGUGUUUUAAAGUCUUCACUAGAACAUAAGAGUUCUCUGUGUCUCUAGCUUUAGCUUUAUGAUGCUGCUCAAAAGACAGUCAGCUUGGGUCCUUAGAAGCUGAGCUUCUUAGACCGAACUAAUUCAUUAGGUAUGGUGUGUGUCUCUGUACAGAUGUCCUGUUCUGCUUGCUUUAGUGUGCAGCUUGUUGCACACAAUACUGAAUUUUCAGAAAAGGUUGGCUCACAGGAGUGGACACAAAAGAGAUAAAAUAGGUGUUCCCAUUAUAGUAGUUUAUAUAACAUUGCUUCAAAGCUUAUUAAUAAAAAAUUAUAUAUGUGCAUAGUUAACUUCAAAAUCCAACAUUCAUAUACAUGACAAAAAACUCACACUGUGCUAGGUCCAGAUUCAGCAUACACAGGUCACACUGUAAGAUCUUCAGCAUUCACCACAUCCUCAGGACAGAAGGCAAAAAAUACCAUUGUACAUAUAUGUGUCUGUAGGUGUGCGUGUAUACAUCCAGAGCUGCUUUUGUCUCCCACGCUCCAUUCUGUACCAAUGCCGUGCCACAACAAUAACUGAACGAUGCUUACUGAGGCUUGACAAUGGUACACCUCAUUGCGAAGGAAAAAAAAGCCUUCUUAAAUCAACAUUUUUCUUAAUGAGACACCAAUAUUUUGGCUAUAAAUACUGUAGGCCAGUCUCAGCCUUCUAGCUGUUUCAAUCUGAAUUUCUUAAGCUGGGGACAAUUCAGUUCAGUGGCAAAACUCUGUCCUACUUGUGAUUCGUUGAAUUAAUAGCCUGUGGGAGAGUUGUCCUAAUAUAAUAAAAGCAAAGAUGUAGCUUCCAUGCAUGCUUGGAGCCAAAUGUAUAUGUGCAGUACCACUGUUUCAUAGAUCCCUGUGCUAGGAGCUGCAGGAGGUAGAGAAAUGGCAAAGGCCUUUAGGGUGUUUUCAGCAUCUGGGAUCCGAGCGCAGCAGCCGAGCUGUGAGCAAAGUGUCCAUGCACAUCAACUACACCUGCAUAAAUGCUGCUGUGCAAUAUGAAAAGCCUGGCCAAGUCUUCUCCCUGGCACCUUCCCAUGUUUGUGCUUGUGUCAGCAAGCAUGAGGAUGCUGCGGAAGGCAAUGGCCAGGCGAACCCCCCAGCCCAAGAGUGCUCAGCCUGCUGCUGAGAAGGUGGGAGCAGAGGAAGUACAGCGAGAGAGGGCUGGGUGACCAACCAGUCUGGAAUGGCACCUGGAAACCUCCAGCAGAAGCAGUUUUGUGGGCUGGCUCAUUUCUUCCAGGAACUUCUACAGGGAGCGGAUGCUCUUCUUCUUUUGACAGACCUCUAGAGGUCAGGAGAGGGCCUCCAUUGUGCACUGCUCUCUCCAUGCCAUUAAAAUUCUCCCUGAGUCAUGGUAAUUAAGCAGAACUAGGCUCAGCACAGAGGAACGGAAGUGCAUUGACUUUAAUAAAACAGAGUGUAAAACAACUUUAGAUUAACUCCAGCCUUGUUUAUUCUUGCACACUUGUAAUUCUGGUUUGGUAUUUCCCCAGUGAAUGGAGCCGUUGUCCCCUGCGCUGAGGCACGUCACCUCACUUCAGCCUGCUAAGUGCUGAGCAGUGAGGCCAGUGCCUUUUCUUGCUGUCGCUAGCUAAUCCCAAAGAAUUUGGAAACAGCCGAUGGAGAAGGGGAGGGAGGAGAGGGAAGUUGCCCUGCUCCCCACCGUUGCCAUUCCUCAAGAGUCAGCAAGGCUGUCAGGUUGAGACACAAGCCAAAUAUUUCCAUAAUGGCCAGAAGAGACAGUGUCCUAGAGACACUCGCGUAGUCCCCACUGCUAAAGCAGUUUUGGGCUCCUGCCAGGCACAUUAACUUUUUUUACUGAUGCCUUUUGUCUCACUGACUCUCUUAGCGCUGUGAAUAGCUCUGCUCCCCUUCCUCCCCCGCCAUGGUUUACAUGACAUGAGUAGAAGAUGCAGCGCUGAGCAGCGCUCACACUGCACCCUCUGUCUCAGCCUCUUGCUGGCUC